AUGUCACCGCUCCAAAGCUGCGCCCGCCGUCCCGGAGCGGCGUCGGCAGCGCGGACUCGGCAGCGGGCCGUCGCCUUCCUUCCGCGCGGCGAAGGCUGUACGCUUAGACAGCCGUUGGUUGGGAUAGAAAGGGCUUCUCUGUCGCUGUUCUUGUGUUUGCGGUGGUUCCCAGCAGAGCAGCGAACGCGGUGUGUGUGUGGUGGCGCUGCGGAGAACGUGCCGCCGGUCAUCCCCACGCCGCACCACUACCUCCUCAGCGUCUACCGCCACAAGAUCUUCUUCGUGGCCGUUAUCCAGAGCGAGGUGCCGCCCCUCUUCGUCAUCGAGUUCCUGCACCGCGUGGUGGACACCUUCCAGGAUUACUUUGGUGUCUGUUCAGAGGUGAUGAUCAAGGACAAUGUUGUGGUGGUUUACGAGGUGUUGGAGGAGAUGCUGGACAAUGGCUUUCCAUUGGCAACAGAGUCUAAUAUUCUUAAGGAACUGAUAAAACCUCCAACUAUCCUGCGAACAGUUGUCAACACCAUCACAGGAAGCACUAAUGUGGGUGACCAGCUUCCUACUGGACAGCUAUCAGUGGUGCCUUGGAGACGUACUGGUGUAAAAUAUACCAACAAUGAGGCGUAUUUUGAUGUGAUUGAGGAGAUAGAUGCAAUCAUUGACAAAUCAGGUUCCACGAUUACUGCUGAAAUCCAGGGGGUGAUUGAUGCUUGUGUCAAGCUGACUGGGAUGCCAGACCUUACCCUCUCCUUUAUGAACCCUCGGUUAUUGGAUGAUGUCAGCUUUCAUCCGUGCGUGCGUUUUAAGCGCUGGGAGUCAGAGAGAAUACUCUCCUUCAUUCCACCUGAUGGAAAUUUUCGCUUGCUGUCCUACCAUGUCAGUGCUCAGAAUCUUGUGGCAAUUCCUGUCUACAUUAAACACAACAUCAGUUUCCGAGAUAGCAGCUCACUGGGACGUUUUGAGAUCACAGUGGGGCCGAAGCAGACUAUGGGGAAGACUGUAGAGGGGGUGAUGGUCACCAGCCAGAUGCCAAAAGGUGUCUUAAACAUGACUCUUACACCCUCUCAGGGAACACAUAUCUUUGAUCCAGUUACAAAGCUGUUGUCAUGGGAUGUGGGAAAAAUAAACCCCCAGAAGCUGCCAAGCCUGAAGGGGAGUGUGAGCUUGCAAGCUGGGACAUCAAAACCAGAUGAAAACCCCACCAUUAACUUGCAGUUUAAGAUUCAGCAGCUGGCUAUAUCUGGACUGAAGGUGAAUCGCUUGGACAUGUAUGGGGAGAAGUACAAGCCCUUCAAGGGGAUAAAAUACAUGACUAAGGCUGGCAAGUUCCAAGUCCGAACCUAGAGGAUUCCAAUAGUGAGGAAGAGCACUUUCCUGUUUCUCCUUUCCCUGGCUGUUGGAUGCAGCCUCUUACCCCAUCUAUAUGUUUAGGGUUGCUCCCUUGCCUGUAGUAGCAUGAGCAGGAGAGCCAGUGCUUCGGGUGCUGGGGACCAGGGAGAAGUAAGGUUGACCUGAAACCAUCUCAUCCCUAGCUGAAUCUGAAGUAUUUGGAACAAUGGCAGAUGGGAGAGGUGUUCAGGUCCCUUGGGAUUAGUGAGUCAGCUAUGUAAGCUUGUAUCGCCUUCAUUUUGCUCUUUUAAAGGAAAUUCUAGGGAUUUUUGCCUUUUGUAACUCCUCUUCCUUACAUUUUGGUUGGCUUUUUUCCCUUUGAGGAUGAUACAAAAUUGAAUUU